AUGAUCAACUAUAAUCUUACUGGUGAUUCGCUGCUACAUUGUCUCAAGAUUAGCAACAGUAAAGUCCUUGUGGUAGAUGAGGACGCUGGGUGUCGGCAGCGAGUUGAGGAGUGUCGGGAAAGGAUCGAGCAAGAACUAGAUAUACGAAUUGUCGUUCUUGACUCAUCGACAAAGGCGUCAAUCGCUGCGAUCAGUCCAAAGCAACCAGAGUCUCGCUACAGAGACCACGUGGAUGGAGAGACACCUGUUCUUGGGAUCUACACUUCGGGCACAACUGGACUCCCAAAGGCAAGCCACUUCCACCUCGAAAGAAUCUGGUUUCUAGGCGACUAUCGUAGACGUCUCACGAACCAAAGUUCAGGGCCUGACGGAGAUGUAUUCUACAACUGUAUGCCUUUGUACCACGGCACCGGAGGUGUACUCGCUACUGGUUGUAUGGUUUCUGGCAUGACGCUGGCCAUUGGACGCAAGUUCUCAACUUCCGGAUUCUGGGAUGAGAUCAGGGAGUCUGGAGCAACUGCUUUUGUCUACGUGGGAGAAACCGCGCGCUACCUGCUCUCUGCACCACCCUCGCCCAGAGACAAAGACCACAAAGUCCGUCUAAUGCACGGCAAUGGUAUGAGACCGGAUGUCUGGAGAAAAUUCCAGGAGAGGUUCGGCGUGACGGACGUUAUGGAGUUCUUCAAUAGUACCGAAGGUGUCUUCACUUUGAACAACUACAGUCGAAACGAUCACUUCGCAGACGCAGUCGGGCACCAUGGAGCAAUCUUCCGAGCUGUGUUCAGAAAUACUUAUGUUCCGGUGAAAUUGGACUACGAGACGGGUGAGAUCUGGCGUCAUUCAGAAACCGGGUUUGCACAGCGGCAACCGUAUGAGGAAGGUGGUGAGAUGCUGGUCAAGGUUCCCGACGAGAACCAAUUCAAAGGAUACUGGCAUGCACCUGAAGCCACAGCAAAGAAAUAUGCUAGGAAUGUCUUUGAGAAAGGUGAUCUCUAUUACAGAUCUGGCGAUGCACUGCGAAGAUCUUCGGAUGGAAAAUGGUUCUUCAUGGACCGUCUCGGAGACACUUUCCGUUGGAAGGGUGAGAACUGCAGUACGACUGAGGUCGCUGAGUGCUUGGGCAGAUUUCCAUUCAUCAAGGAAGCCAAUGUCUAUGGCGUCGAAGUCCCAGGCAAGUCUGUCUUCGAUUGCUGA